AUGCCGAUGGUGCUCAUCCUGCUCGUCUCCCUCUAUAAACUGUGCCGGUUCUUCGCCAUGUCGGGUGCGGAGCGGCUGGUGGUGCCCGAGUGUGUGAGCCAGGCGGGCAGCUGGGCAGGCGGGGGCAGCUCCAGGGAGCACCGGGAGGCAAAACUCUCCGCUCUGCCCCGUGUCUGGUUCAGCAUGUCCCGGCAGCACCGCCUGCGGUGUGACGAUCCCAGAGAGGAGCCGUAUACCUGCCGCGGGCUGGGUCAGGAUCAGGCCUUUCUCUCCCGGGACCCCGCAAGGGAUCGGAUCGCUCGGAUCGGUCUGGGAGUGAUUCUGAACUUAGCCAAGGAGCGAGAUGUUCCCCAGCUGGCACAGAGCGUCUCUGGUAUCCUGGAGCACAUGUUCAAACACACCGAGGAGACCUGUUUCCAGCUCAUCUCUGAUGGAGGCCUGGAUGCUAUCCUCUACUGGUGCCGCUGGACGGACCCCAUCGUGCUGCGGCACUGCGCCAUGGCCUUGGCCAACUGUGCCAUGUACGGAGGGCAGGCCAACCAGCGCCUGAUGAUCGAGAAGAGGACAGCGGAGUGGCUUUUCCCACUGGUGUUUUCAAGAGACGAUGAACUAAUCCGCCUGCACGCGUGCCUGGCCAUCACGGUGCUGGCCACCAACAAAGAAAUCGAGAAGGAGGUGGAGCGCUCGGGGACGCUGGCUCUGGUGGAGCCGUUCAUCGCCUCACUGGAUCCGGAGCAGUUCGCCUGUGAGAUGCUGGGCAGCAGUGACAACAGCCAGGGGAGGACGGCAGACGACCUGCAGCGGCUGGUACCCUUGCUGGACAGCUCGCGUCUGGAAGCACAGUGCAUCGCCGCCUUCUACCUCUGCACGGAGGCUGCCAUCAAAACCAGGCAGAAGAAAACAAAGAUUUUCAGCGAGACUGGGGCUACGCAGAGCCUGAAGAGGGUAGUGUGCUACUCCACCAGCAGCACCACCUCCUCUCUGGCCAAAAAGGUGCUGCGCAUGAUAGGGGAGGAGGUUCCUCGGCGCAUCCUGCCCACAGUUCCCAACUGGAAGCCCUGCGAGGUGCAGACGUGGCUGCAGCAGAUCGGAUUCAACAAAUACUGCCAGAGCUUCCUGGACCACCAGGUGGAUGGGGACAUUCUCCUGAGGCUGACAGAGGAGGAGCUGCAGGAGGAUUUGGGGAUGGACUCCAGCAUCACUCGGAAAAGGUUUUUCCGGGAGCUGACAGAGCUGAAGACCUUUGCAAACUAUUCCACCUGCGACCGCAGCAACCUGGCCGACUGGCUGGGCGGCAUCGACCCCAGGUUUCGUCAGUACACGUACAACCUGCUGACCUGCGGCAUCAACCGCAACUUCUUGCACCGGGUGACGGAGCAGCAGCUGCAGGAGGACUGCCACAUCAACACGGGCUUCCACCGCGUCCGCAUCCUCACUGCUGCAAGGGAAAUGCUUCACUCCCCUAUAACGCUGCAAACUGCAUCCAAUGGGACUGAUGUAUUUAUCAGCUACCGGAGGAGCACCGGGUCGCAGCUGGCCAGCCUGCUGAAGGUCCACCUGCAGCUGCACGGCUUCAGCGUGUUCAUCGAUGUGGAGAAGCUGGAGGCAGGGAAGUUUGAGGACAAGCUGAUCCAGAGCGUCAUGAGUGCCCGCAAUUUUGUGCUGGUCCUCUCGCCAAAUGCACUGGAUAAAUGCAUGGGAGACCCUGAGUGCAAGGACUGGGUGCACAAGGAGAUUGUGACAGCCCUGAACUCUGGAAAGAACAUUAUACCUGUUACAGACCAUUUUGAGUGGCCGGACCCAGAAACACUUCCCAAGGACAUGAGGGCUGUCCUGAAAUUUAAUGGUAUCAAGUGGUCCCACGAGUACCAGGAGGCCACAAUCGACAAAAUCAUCCGCUUUCUCCAAGGCCGUUCCUCCCGGGACUCCUCGGCUGGGUCGGAGAACGGCCUGGACUGCUUGUCCUCCCCAGGGCAGACCUAG